GCAUGCUGCCGAUUUCAGGCUUUAGCUCUGGAGCUCAGAGAGCAGGCUGACGCUCCACCCUGACUCCACCCUCGCUGCCUCCUCGGUCGGAGCGCUGGGCCGUUUGGAGCAGAGCAGCAGCAGACAUGGACAGAGCGCAUCCUGCGUGGUUCCUGCUGCGCCUCCUGCUGACGGCCGCCGCCCUGACGGAGGCCGCCGCCCUGACGGAGGCCACCGCCCUGACGGACCCGGAGCGCGUCGCUGGGAGGCUGCUCUUCUACCAGACGGAGGGCGGCGCCACCUACCUGAGAGACUCGGGAGCACUGGCGUCAGGGGUUGCCACGGAGACCGUGUUUGAAUUCUUGGAUCCUGAGAGGAACUUCGGCUCGGCCGGGUUCAGCUACACCUGGGACCUGGGGAACGGAGAGGUGAUCCGGGGAACCGAGCCGGUGGUCCAGUACCGAUACUCAGAGUCAGGAAACUACACGCUGCGGCUGAACGUCGGAGGCGACCCGCCGCAGCUCGCUCCUACUGGAGUCUACGCCCAGGAAGUCCAAGUGCUGGAUGCGGUCAGGAGCAUCCAGCUGGUGGCGCCGUCGGACUACAGCGUGAACCAGAACUCCAGCCUGGACCUGCAGCUGGACGGGAGUCCUCCCAUGUGGGUUUGUUGGCGGUUCCUGAGGAACUGCGCCCCGGACCCGGCGGCGGGCUGCACGCUGACCCUGCUGCGUGCCGCCAGCCUGCGGUUGAGCCACACCUUCGGCUCGUCCGGCCUGCACUGCCUGGACGUCAGCGCCCGCAACGCCGUGAGCGCGCUGCGGGCGACCUUCAGUCUCAAGGUCACGAGGAACAAUCGCUGCCACCUGCUGUUCAUCCUGAGCUGCGCCGCCGUUCUCGCUGCCACCUUCUCCUUCAUCCUCGCCAUCGCCUGUCGCCCUCGGCAACUAAACAGCUCACAGGUUGCCGCUUCCAGCAACGCCACGUUUCUGAAGGACCAAGACUCUAAAAUCAUUCUCAGCUUCUCCUCUGUGGAGAAAGGAGAGAGAGUUCCCCUCAUCCUGCAGCCUGGGAGCCAGUACCGUUGCUGAACGCCGCCCAGGAGCUACAUGGAGCUACAUGUUCACCUUUACUCACCUGAGUUUGGGACUGGAACCUCCUCAGUCAGAACUGCUCCUCACAUCUCCUCCUCCUGGUUUUCUGGAUUUCUACCAGUGACCAUGUGAGUCACCAGACUCAUCCCGUUAUGGCUGUCAUCCUAAAUAAAGCUGAUCGACUAGUAA